AGCUGUGUCUGUUUUUGUCUCUAGAAAACAUGACAUUUGGACGAUUCAUCUUAAUUAGCUCUCAACACUCUCUUUCCAAGGCGCCAUGUUGAACCCCCCUGUUAUUCCAUUGUGCAAAAAGGGGAAAUUCAAGAAGGAAAUCAAGACAAAGGACUCAAUUGAAGAAAUCAAAAGGUGGAGGGCCCUGCCUAGCCUUGCACCAGCCUGGCUCCUACGCCCAGCCUUCCUCUGCGCCCAAUCCCACACCCCUGGCUUCUGCACGCCUGAUCCUGCACUCUGUGCCGCGGCCCGCACCCAGCCUGUGCCUCUGCGCGCCUGCACUCUGCGCACCCAGAUCGCCUGCACUCUGUGCGCCCAGAUCCCCUGCACUAUGCCCCUGCACACCGAAGCCAUCAUGCCCCUACGCCCCUGCUGCUGCACCGAACCAGCCCUUGCCGCCUGCUACGCCGAACCCACGUUGCUUGCACGCUUGCACUCUGCGCCAGCAAUCAUGCCCUCUGCACCGAGCCAUACCCCUGCCUCUGCUCGCUACAGUACAUGCCAGAAAAUCUUCAUCAUUAUUGAUUGACAGGGCAAGGCCUUUUUUAUUUAUUUAUUUAUUUAUUUUUAUUUUAUCUUUUAUUUGGGUAUAUAUAUAGAGAAAAAUCAGAACCAGGGGGGUUUUGGUUGAUUUUGGGUCUGUUUUGUUGGGGAGUUUCGGCUGAGCUUCGAGAGCAAUAGAAGGGGAUUUCUUCUGGUAUUGGGGCCGAGGUCUUUUGUUGUGUGGUUCUGGUAUUGAAGGAGGUCUUGAGGGUUUUUUUCCUUUGGUUUGAGCUUGGUGCUGACGGCGGUUGAAAGGGAGGCUAAUUUCUCUGUGUUUGCUUCUACUCUAGGUAAUUUCUGAACAGAGGAGCCUUCUGGGAAUGGUGGUGAAGGGGACGAUGGGAGCCUGGUCCCGUGGGUGGGAUCCCUCCCAUCAGAUC